AUGAUAAUGAGACAACAUAUCAAAAAGUUCUUAUUUCCUCAUCUGCGAACGUUUACAAAAAAUCCAUCAUUACUAACCACCGCAACAUCACAACAUCGAUUAUACGCGUCUUCAACAAACUCGAUAUCACAUGAUCCAACAGAAUUCUCGGAAAAGAAGACGACGACGACUCAAGAACGUCCUAACGUCCCCGUACCUUUCCUAGUAUUCAAUCGUGACAUGAAAACACGACAGCGUAGUCGUGCAGCCAUUGAUAAAGAAGCCAGUCGGCAAGUUGAUUAUUUAAAAGAUGAGGUGGCACAACGAAUAGUUGAUCGAAUUUUGGAUGUAAAACGAGAUUUCUCUACGAUUGUUGAUUUGGGAAGUGGAUGUGGACAUAUCGCGAAAUUCUUGGACGAGAAUGUUUGUAAACGAUUGAUUAUGUGUGAUAUGUCAGAUGUGGCUUUAAACAGACAUGCAGAUCAAGAAUACGAAGUCGAAAUUGAACGAAAAGUAGUCGACGAAGAGUUGCUACCUUUCGAAGAGAAUUCUUUAGAGGCUGUCGUUAGUAAUCUUUCACUUCAUUGGGUGAAUGAUUUGCCAGGCACGUUUAUACAGAUACGUCGUUCCUUAAAGCCUGAUGGCGUAUUUAUUGCCGCGCUGUUUGGUGGGGAGACGUUAUUUGAAACGUCACUACAAUUAGCAGAAUCGGAACGUGAAGGGGGUAUUUCACCGCGUGUAUCACCAAUGACAGAUGUAAGGGACCUGGGCAGCUUAUUGUCACGAGCAGACUUCACCCUGACAACUAUCGAUAUCGACGAAAUUGUCGUUAAUUAUCCGAGUGCGUUCGAGUUGAUGCUGGACUUACGAGCCAUGGGUGAAAGUAAUGCUGUUAUAAAUAGACGCCCAUUCUUAAAAAGAGAUACAUUGAUAGCAAGUGCUGCAAUAUACAAGGAAAUGUAUGGAAAUCCAGAAGGCACAAUUCCGGCUACCUUUCAGAUAAUGUAUGUGAUCGGAUGGAAACCAGACGUCUCGCAACCGAAACCCAAAGCUCGUGGGUCUGCUGGCGUUUCUUUAAAAGAAGUAUUAGAAAAAAAAUAA